UUGGAAAAUAUUAGAAAAACAACUACUGAUAAAAACAGUAAACAAGCUUCCAUAGUAAAAUCAAACAUGAGGUCAGUCAGCCUUGCACCGCAUCAGGAGGAGCGACAGCGGCCGUGACAAGCAGCAGCGGCAAACGGCAGCGUUUUAUAUUAGUAUUUCUGUCACGGCUCUUCAAGAAGUUGAUCAAUCGCAUGCAUUGCUGUCAGCUUAAGAGUGAGAAUAAUGUUUGAAGGAGUAGUUCAUAGAGUGUUGGUUGGUUAUCUAGGUCGUUAUGUCAAAAAUUUCCAAAAAGAUCAACUCAAGCUCAGUCUCUGGAACGAAGAAGUAUUGCUGGAGAAUGUUGAACUCAUUACUGAAGCAUUUGAUUAUCUUCAAUUGCCAUUUGCUAUUAAACAGGGUAGAGUUGGAAGGCUAAGUAUCAAAAUUUCAUGGAAAAAGCUUGGCUGGGAUUGCCCUAUCAUUAUUGUGUUGGAAGAUGUUUUCAUUUGCGUGUCUCAGCGAGAUGACCAUGAGUGGAAUAUGGAGGCAGUUGAAAGAAGGGAGUAUGCUGCCAAAAAGGCUCAGCUGGCUGCUGCUGAGCUUGCUAAAUUGUCACGCCGUGUAUGCGAUAAUCAAGCUGGCAAAUCAUUUAUUUCAUAUAUUACUGCAAAGGUUCUCGACAGCAUACAAAUGUCAAUUAGAAAUUUCCAUGUUCAGUACAGUGGAAUGCAUCUUAACUCGGUUUUAUUUGGAUUAAAGUUUUCUAGCUUGGUGAUUAAGCAAAAUGUGCUUGGGUCUUCAGUUGGGAAGAUGGGAGGGGGCCAAGCAAACAAAACUGUGGAUAUUGAAGGUUUGGAACUUUAUUGUACCACAUUCGAAGGAGUAAAGGAGUCUACUAGUUUGGAUGAUGGUGCACAUUCCACAUGCUGGUAUAAUGGAAGAUCUGAAGAUGUAAUGUCAGAUUAUUUGUUGCAGCCAUUUGACGUAGCAAUUUCCCUUAUGGUUAAUAGAGUAGGAAAGUUUGAUAAUGAUUUGGCACAAUAUUCAAUCAGAGCAGAGAUAACUGGCUUGGAUAUGUCUUUAGAUGAGGUUCAGUUGCAACAGAUGCUGAUUCUGUCUGAUUACAUAAGCAUCAGCCGUUUGAGGGAGAGGUAUGGAUGUUAUCGCCCAUGGGGUCAUUCCCUGUCAAGAAAACAUAAUAAUUGGCAAAUAACAUGGUGGCGCUAUGCUCAGGAAUCUGUCCUAUCAGAUGUCCGCAAGAAGUUGAAGAAAACGUCAUGGAGAUAUUUGGGAGAACGGCUGGAACGCCGUCGGAAGUAUAUUAACUUGUACAAGAUUAAACUGGACUUUCUUCAGCAAGAACAGUCAAUUGAUGAAUUUAUUGUUCGAGAAUUGGAGCAAAUGGAGAAAGAAUCUGAUAUAGAUGAUAUCUUAUGCUAUAGGUCGGCUGGUGAGCAUGAGCUGCAGGAAGUUUUAUCAAGAUCCUCAUCUUCAACAAAGGGAACAAACAGCUCCAAUUCCUUUGAUAAGUCACGCAAUGAUGAACUGUCAUCAGGCAGAUCCAAAGGAUGGCUAAAUUGGCUAUCCCGUGGCAUGCUUGGUGCUGGUGGAACAGAUGAUUCCACUCAAUUUUCUGGUAUUGUUUCUGAUGAAGUUGUGAAGGAUAUUUAUGAAGCUACAGAGUUCCAUCCUUUUGUAUCAUCUAGUGCGAAUGCGAAUGCUGAUGCAAGCGAUAAGAUGUUCGCAUUUGCAAUUAAGUUAAGCAUAGGUCAAGUUGCUGCAGCUCUUCAAAGCAAGUAUUUCAGUCAAAAAAUUGCUGUGCUGAAUUUGGAAAAUGCAGUUAUGGAAUGUAAACUUUGGGAUGAAGUAGCAGGAUUUAGUUUCUUCAUUAAUUCAGGAAAGGUGGUUUAUCCAUACAAUGGGAGAGUGGUUCUACAAAUAGGAAGGUCUCUCACAGAGAAAAAAUUACAGGAAGAUGAGCUAAUUCCAUGUAAAGUCCAAGUGGAUCUGUCACCAAAGCAAGAAGUUGAACUAUUAGUGAAGGUUAUGAUUCAACAUAUAGAAGUUACUUAUGAUGUGGAAUUUUUUCUAAAACUCAUGGAGUUCUUCAGUGUGUUGAAAUCUUUUGAACCUCAGCAAAGAAGAGUUUUUUUGUCCUUAAAUGGAUUUAAGGAUGUCAAAACACGCUUGUUAUCAAAGGCGGAAUAUGCUUUGUCAAAUCAGAAACAAACCAGUUGGGAUAUAAGCAUCUUGAAUAUUUCUAUUAAUCUUCUUGGGAGAGAUGCCAUUUUAGGCAACAUUCAUUUGGUUUUGAAUUUGGGCUCUCUUCUUUUUACGUCCAAACAUGACAUGGAGCCUGUCAUCUCUAAUAUUCAGGAACAAUCGUAUAUCCUGAAAAUGUUCUCAAAGUCAACUUCCGCUGCUAAUUGUUUGAAGGACUUCCAAAUUCAAGAUCUUUAUAAUAACUUUUCUGUCAAGCUUGAGAAUGUGGAGCUAAAGAUAGAGAUUCCGCAGCAUGCUCAAACACUCACUAUCUUGGAGAAAUUUUGUGCUUCUGUCACCUUUGCAGCUUGUAUAAUUUCUGAUGAACCCAAUUUGAAACAGUUGGAGGUCUAUGUGAUUCUGCCAUCAGUUGCUGCUAACUUUAAUGUGCCAAUUUAUGAAUCAACAGUAGCAUUGUUGGCACAUCUACACAGCCUUCAUUCAGCUACUAGAUCUCUAAUAUCCAAAAAUCCACAUUCACUUAAUGUCAUGGAAAAUCAAUCUGGGGCUUCCGUUGCUGGUUACUUAAUCACUACAAAAAUAAAUUCAUUGAGUUUCCUUGUUGACGUUGCAAAUUAUGGGGAAAGUAGCUGUCAGCUGAUGCUUUUCCUUCAAGAAUCAGAUAUUCGUUAUUCUCAUGCAGAAUUUGAAGAGUGUAUUGUUGAUACUAAAUUAUUAAAGGUCACGGCCUCCUCAUCAAAAGGUGAAAAUGAUGGCUGUAUUCUGUUCUCAUCUGGAAAUCAAUUUGCCUCUAGUGCGGGACAUCAUCAAAAUUUUGGAUUUGAUAGCAAUCAAGAUGAGAAUUGUAGUGACCUGAGACGAUUCUCUGAAGGUUUCUUUUAUUUGCAUUAUAAAGGUUAUAAAAGUGUAGAUUUUGUUUGCCAUGAGUAUACAAUCGGAUUGAAUGAUGUUAAUUUCCAUUGCUAUCCCCAUAUAUUUGGUAGGUUGAUUGCGUUCUAUGAAAGAUUAUCUUCAUAUGGUGCACAUCCCACCUGUGAUAAUCCCUUUAGUCAUUUCAUGGAUCAAAAGGAUCCACACAGAAGGCCUGAAUUUCAAUUUCAAAAGUUUGGUUACUCAAAUUUCUUUGCAAUGGAGUCUUCCGACUGUGCUGCUAUUUCUUUGGAAUCCUAUCCUUUCAUCACAAUUUCAAAUACUGGUUCUCUCCAUGACCUUGAAAGUUCACUUCUUUAUUCCAUUCCUGACUGGAGAAAAUCAUUUAAGCUAAGGGAUAGGAAAAUCAGAAGUUCAAAGUUCAGUCUAAAGGAAUCUAAACCUGGUCUUGCCUCACACGGGAUGCAUACAUCUGGAAUCAAUUCAUUUCCUAAAGCAGGAAGUUCACCUGAUCAGGAUAUUUGUAGUGUCAGUAUUAGUCUUUCUAGCAUAACAGUACAUUUCCAUGAUUCUUCUUGUAUUGUUGGAACCAUUACAAUUCCAACCUCUAGGUCUACUUGUUUAAUUUAUGCAGAAUACAUGGAUUUUAUGUGUUCUAUGGAGGGGCUAAUCCUCACAUCACCAUGGUGGACCAAAAAUUUCAAAGAUUAUCUUUGGGGUCCCUCAUUGUCAGAUCCAUCAUCUAUUCUAAAUUUGCGUGUUAGAAAAGGACAUGCUGGAUCAGUGAAUUCCCAACUUGAAGUUAGCAUUGGAAUUCAGCAUGUUUACUGCUUUCUGCCCCCUGAGUAUUUGGCUAUAAUAAUAGGCUAUUUCUCUUUAUCUGAUUGGAGUCCAAAAGCUAGUGUGCAGCCAGUUGGUGAAAAAAAUGAUUAUAUUGCAUCAAGACAAACCGAUUCAGUAGUUUAUAAGUUUGAGGUACUGGAUUCCAUAUUGAUUAUGCCUGUGGAGCAAGAUGAUCAUCAUUUUCUAAAGAUAGAACUUCAACAGCUGUACUGUAGCUUCAUUGUUGAUUGUUCUCCAGACUGUGUAAUGAAGGAAAUUCCUCAGGAGUGUUCGGUUCCUAUGCAUAAAGUUUACAAAGCAAAUGACUGUUUAAAUAUUUUCGGGAGAGAUUUAUUUCUAUCUUUAAUCAUGUGCGCGGAUGGUGAAUAUGGCUGCUUACUGCUAGAUGAAGAAGAUUCUGGAUGUGGCAAUAUCAUGCUAAUUGCACCACUUACUGUUGACAUUUGGGUUAGACUUCCAUGUGAAGAUAUACCCCAUAUCAGUAGCUCUGCUGCGUCCAUAUGUGUUAUGUCAAGGAUAGUCAAUUGUCAACUUGUUGCUGAUGAUUGCUACAUGCUGGAUGGAAUAGAGGCACUAGUGGAUGUUAUAAAUCAAUUCACUUCAGUUGGCGAUGAGUCAAAAUGUUUUACUUCUGAUGUCUUAUGCUUUUUUCAGUUGAAGAGAAGCCUGAAAGAGAGUGGUGAAGUUUUACCUGUUUGCUCAGGCACGUCCUUUACAGAAGCUCGAUGUUAUGCAAAUUCUGUGUCAAUAAUUUUGCAUCAACGAAGAAAGGACUCGAUGGCAUCACAACCAAUAGCCAAGGUUGAUAUGCAAUUUGAUUGCUCUGCAUCUUUAAUAAAUCAGACACCCACAUACUUCAACUUGAAUUUUUCUACCGUAGCACUUCAUUCACUGCUUAAUUCUGUCAUGAUAGCACAAUGUGCAAAUGAUUGUUCAGCUUCAUCAGCUCUUCGUAUAUGUUUCUCAAAGUCUGUUGAAGGUGCCAAUGAGUUUUGUAUUUCCCUUCCUUAUCUCAAUAUUUGGCUACAUGCUAUGGAAUGGUCCACACUCUCUGAUAUUUGCAAUUCAUAUUCGAAAAGAAUGGCUGAAACUAUUUUACUGGAGUCAUCAUUAAAAAAACAUUCGUUGAAAGAUACAGCAGAUCAUUCUGAAAGUGCAGCAGUUGCUGUUUCUCCAAGUUAUCCUCCAAAGAAAAGCACUGUGACUGAUUGUGUAAAUGAGCAUGCAGACCAGGAUUUGGUUGUCCUUUCUGUGAGGUCAGAAAAUGUUGGCCUCACAAUUCAUUUUCCUGUCCGCAAUAUUCAAACAUCACUUGGUGAAACAGGGACAAGUGAAGUCCAAGAUCAUGAAUCUCCUCAUGCUACUGAGGGGAAUUGUAAAUAUGUGGCAGUUACUACACAUAGUAGAAAUAUUGAACUAAUGAUGGCCGGUAAACUUGUGAAACUUAAUUUUGUUCUUGAGAAAAUAAGUGGUAACGUGGAGAUCAUGAAGGACCACAACGUUACGACUUGGCCUUUCUUUCAGAUUUCUGAAGUUAGCGUGGCGACUGAGAUCUGUAAUAAUCAGAUGGACCUUGUUGAUAUCAAACUGGAUGUUGAUGUUGGUCCUUUAGAUUUGUGGCUUUCUCAUCAAGUAUUAUGUUUCUGGUAUGGUGUACAGUGUGACAUUCCCAAAUCAGAAACUUCCCAAUCUUCAUUCGGAAGUGUGAGUUCAAAAAUGCAGCUAAAGAAAGUUUCACUGCUGAUAUCUGAUGAAAGGUGGAGCUGUGGUGGACCUUUGUUACAAGUUCUCAUGAGGAACUCUCUAUUACAUUUUUUUAUCACUGAGAAUAAUGUGGAGAGCUCAGUGGCAAGUGACCUUGAAGUCAACUACAAAAAUAUCAAUAAGGUCCUAUGGGAGCCAUUUGUCGAGCCUUGGAAGUUUCAGAUAAGCAUGACAAGAACAGAGAAAGGAAAUGCUCUCCUGGACCCUUCUAUUAUGACUGAAUUUCACCUAUCAUCAACAGUGCCACUAAACUUAAACUGUACAGAAUCUGUUAUUGAGUGUAUUUUCAGGACUACUGAAAUGAUUAAUGAUGCUCGGCAUCUCAUAUCAUCUAUUGACCCUUGUGAAAUUCAGAAAUUCUCAAGCCCUCAGUUUACUGAUACUAUAAAUGGAGGGAUAUAUGCUCCCUACGUACUUCAAAACUUGACUUCUUUGCCCCUAGUUUACCAUGUUUUGAGAGGGCUGGUUAAUGUUGAUGAGUAUGAUAUGUCCGUAAUGGAGGAAGGAAAAUCUGUGGAACCAGGCGCUUCUGUUCCUAUUUAUCUUAUUGAAACCCCCGAGGAGCACCUUGUCCGGUUCAAAUCUGUACAGUCUUCUGAUCGGCUCAGUGACAAGCAAUCAAUCGGAGUAGGUCAUCAUUUUAUGAUCAUACAGCUAGAAGGGAUGUCUUUAUCUUCAGCUCCUGUUUCAAUGGAUCUUGUGGGAGUUACCUGUUUUGAGGUUGAUUUUUCAAAGGCUUCAAACAGCGUUGAAGUCAGUAAAGCAAGCGAAAUUUCGAAGUACAAUGCAAAAACUGAAAAGGCUGUUCAAUCUGAGACCAAUGAUGGUUUCACUGUCCCCGUUAUUUUUGAUGUUUCAAUGCAGCGCUAUAGCAAGUUACUACGAUUGUACUCAACGGUGAUACUGUCAAAUACAACGUCGCUGCCACUGGAGUUGAGGUUUGAUAUUCCAUUUGGAGUAUCUCCAAAGAUCUUAGAUCCUAUAAAUCCUGGACAAGAGGUUGCCCUACCUUUGCAUUUGGCUGAAACAGGUCGUUUAAGGUGGCGUCCACUUGGGAAUUCUUACUUGUGGAGUGAAUUGCAUGACCUUUCAAAUAUUCUUUCUCAGGAAAUCAAGCUCGAAUUUCUUAGAUCUUUUGUUUGUUAUCCAAGACAUCCAAGCAGCGAUCCAUUUCGAUGUUGCAUUUCAGUUCAAAAAACUAGUGUGCCAUCCUCUGGAAAGUCAAAGAAAAGCAUACCAUGCUAUCCUUCUAUCACUAAGAAGCAAUCAAUUGGAAUUUCUAAUGCUGAUUGGAAGCAGUCAAAGAAGAGAUUUAUUCAUCGGGUGACCUUAAGUACUCCAUUAGUGCUAAAUAGCUAUCUUCCAGAUGCAAUUUCGUUGACCAUUGAGAGUGGUGGGGUUACGCAUACUGCAUUGCUUUCAGAGGAAAAAACUUCAUUUCAUCACAUUGAUCCUUCACAUGACCUGAGUUUGGAGUUCUACAUUCAAGGCUUUAAACGUUCAGCUUUGAAAUUUCCACGUGCGGAAACAUUUAGUUUAAUGGCUCAGUUCCACGGAACCAAGUUCUUUCUAACUGAGACAAUGAUCUUUGAUCCUGAAUUAUCUAAUGGUCCACUCUAUAUUACUGUGGAAAAGAUGAUGGAUGCAUUCUCUGGUGCAAGAGAUAUCUUCAUUUGUGUCCCCUUUUUGGUGUAUAAUUGCACCGGUCUUUCACUCAUUAUUUCAGAGUCUGCAGCAGAAAUGGAAGGAAAUAACUACAGUAUCCCAUCAUGUUACUCAAUCGAGCAUGAAUAUCUUCAAGAUAAGAAACACGGUCUUAGUAUUUUUUCUUCUGACCAAGAUUUGCGUGGGAUAGGUCCACAAUUCAGGCAUCGAGGGAGGACUUUCAUGGAAAAUGCCAUUGUCUUCUCCAAGAAGAAAGUUAAUCCACUCUCAUAUACAUCUAUGAAACAGCCUCUCCCUUCUUCUCGUUCUUCAGUACCUUUAUACAGGAAUGAUUCAGUUAGUGAAAAAGCUUCUUCAUUUGUGUGCUCAACCAGUGAAUCAACAUCAAGAGAUUCUGCUCUUAUUGAAACUGUGCGUGGAAAGGUUGAACCAUGUAUGUUUUCUCCUUGUGCAAUUUCCCGUGCAGGUGAAUUUAUGGUCAGAGUAAGAAGGGGCUUGCAUGGAAAUGUUGUGGAAAAAGAACCAAACUCUUCAUGGUCAGAACCAUUUCUUCUUGUUCCACCAAGUGGAUCAAGCACCAUACUUGUACCUCAGCCAUCUCCCCAUGCUGCAUUUAUCAUAUCUGUGACUUCUAGUGCUGUUGGUGGACCGGUUGCUGGAAGGACACGAGCCAUCACUUUCCAGCCCAGAUAUGUUAUUAGCAACGCAUGCAGCCAAGAUUUAUGUUAUAAGCAGAAAGGAACUGAGGUUUAUGUUCAUUUGCGCAUUGGACAACAUUCUCAUCUUCACUGGACAGAUACAAGGAGGGAGUUACUGCUUUCCGUUCGAUUUGAUGAGCCUGGUUGGCAAUGGUCAGGAAGCUUCUUACCAGAUCAUAUUGGUGAUACACAAAUCAAAAUGAGAAAUCAUAUUUCUGGUACAAUAAGUAUGAUAAGAGUAGAAGUACAGAAUGCUGAUGUUUCUACUAGGGAUGAAAAUAUUGUUGGAAGCCUCAAUGGAGAUGCAGGGACAAAUUUGAUACUUUUGUCAGAUGAUAACACAGGGUUUAUGCCAUACAGAAUUGAUAAUUUCUCAAAGGAGAGAUUACGGAUUUUCCAGCAAAGGUGUGAAGCAUUUGAUACCAUUAUUCAUCCGUACACUUCUUGCCCUUAUGCAUGGGAUGAACCCUGUUAUCCACAUCGGCUAACUGUUGAGGUGCCUGGAGAGCGGGCUAUUGGGCUGUUUGAUCUUGAUGAUCUAAGGGAGUAUGCACCUGUACACUUAAAGUCAACUUCUGAGAAACCUGAAAGAACAUUGCUUUUGUCCAUCCAUGCUGAGAGAACAACUAAGGUGUUCAGCAUACUUGACUCAGCUUAUCAUAUUUUGGAAGAUGUGAGAGAUCCAAUUAAUUCUUGGUUUCAUUUGAAAAGUAAAUCUGAGCAGAAACCCAAAAUUUUUGUUGAUUAUAAAGAGAAAUUUUCUGUUUCGGUUUCAUGCAUUGGAAUCUCUUUGAUGAAUGCCAAUCCACAGGAAUUGCUUUUUGUCUCUGCAAAGGACAUUACUCUGAAUCUACUUCAGAGUCUGGAUCAACAAAAGCUUUCCUUUCAAAUGUCUUCAUUGCAAAUAGAUAACCAGUUGCAGACAACACCAUUUCCUGUUAUCCUGUCCUUUAAUCCAGAAUAUAGAAGUAGUGUGGCUGGUCAGAGAGCCAAAAAGGAUCUUACAAACCUGAAAAGUGAACUAAUGGGGCAAAUUUCAUCUGAAAGUGACUGUGAACCCGUUGUUGACCUAGCCAUUGCGACAUGGAGGAAGAAAGAUAUUUCCUUUGUUUCAUUUGAGUAUAUAAUGCUAAGUGUGGCAAAUUUUCGCCUUGAGCUUGAGCAGGAAUUUUUAUUAAGCUUGCUGAACUUCUUCAGAUCUGUAUCUUCAAGAUUCCAGAGCUCUGUUUUACCCAUUUCAGGUCCCUUAUGUUAUCCACUUAUGAACAAUACGGGGCUUACACACACACAGAAUUAUGAAUGUGACAAAACCAGAGACAAUAAUCUGCAUGGAAUCAAUUUUUUUAGAUUUAGUAAGAGAAACUCGAGCAGUUCAUAUCUACCUUCAGUGGUUCCAAUAGGAGCCCCUUGGCAAAAAAUUUACUUUUUGGCGAGAAGACAGAAAAAGAUCUAUGUAGAAUUGUUUGAUUUGGCACCCAUCAAUUUCACUUUGAGUUUUUCUAGUUCUCCGUGGCUGUCCAAUAAUGGUGUCCUUACGUUGGGAGAAUCACUUAUCCAUAGAGGUCUGGUGGCUCUUGCUGAUGUUGAGGGAGCUCGAAUUCAUCUCAAACAAUUGACAUUUUCGCAUCAGAUGGCUAGUUUGGAAUCUAUGCAGGAUUUACUCAUCAAGCAUUACACUCGUCAACUGCUUCAUGAGAUGUACAAGGUCUUUGGUUCUGCUGGUGUUAUUGGCAAUCCCAUUGGAUUUGCAAGGAGUUUGGCCCUUGGAGUCAAAGAUUUUUUAUCUGUUCCAGCCAGAAGCAUUUUGCAGAGCCCUACUGGACUAUUUGUAGGCAUGGCACAAGGCACAACCAGUCUCCUGAGUUACACAGUUUAUGCUUUAAGCGAUGCUGCCACCCAGUUCAGUAAAGCUGCACACAAGGGUAUUGUUGCGUUCACAUUUGAUGACCAAUCAAGAAUGGAGAAAAAACAGAUAGAUGUAGCUUCACACAGUAAAGGUGUAAUAAACGAAGUCUUUAAGGGACUUACAGGUCUCCUUCAGGCACCAAUUAAAGAAGCUGAGAAGCACGGUCUUCCUGGUGUCCUCUCAGGAAUAGCCUUUGGAGUAACUGGACUUGUGGCAAGACCAGCAGCUAGUAUUCUUGAGGUGACAGGAAAAACUGCAGAAAGUAUAAGAAACAGAAGUAAACUAUACCAAAUUAGAUCUCAACGCUACCGAGUCCGUAUUCCAAGACCCCUGAGUAGAGAAUUUCCUCUGAGACCUUAUUCUUUGGAAGAGGCAGUAGGAACAUCUGUUCUUACGGAGGUUGAUGAUGGCUUAAAGCUAAAGGAUGAAGUGUUUGUGAUGUGCAAAUUACUUAAACAGGCUGGCAAGUUUGUCGUGGUGACGGAACGACUCAUUCUUAUAAUUAGCUGUCCCAGUUUGGCAGACUUAGGGAAGCCUGAUUUUCGAGGUUUUCGGGUUGAGCCAGAGUGGUUAGUGGAAUCAGUAAUAGGCUUGGAUAGUGUAAUCCAUGCAGAUACUGCGGAAGAGAUGGUACACAUCGUUGGGAGCAGUUCAGAUUCGUUGCAGAGACAUAACCAGCAUCCUUUGAAAAAAGGUGGAGGAACAAGGACGAAGCAGUGGAGCAGUGAUUCUAGUCGGCUUCCGCUUUUCCAGACCAACUUAGAAUUGGCAUCGAAGAAAGAUGCAGAUGAGUUACUAGAGAUUCUGUCUAUACUGGAAAAGGGAAAGGGACAGGGAUGUGGCAGUGCAAAUAUUCUACAUAGAAGAAUUGUAUGUUUGAAGGAGAAUCCUUACGUGUUCCUUGGUCCCAAUCAGCAUUAGACUGGAUUUUUUGCUUAAAUGUGAUUCUUUUUUGUUUUACAUCUUUACCAUGUAGUUCUCAUCUCCUCUGCACUGUACAUACACACUGUAUAUUUGUAUAUAAUAGGCCGAAUGCGUUUUGUUA